AUGAAGGGCCAUCCUGUAAAUGUUCCGGAUAGUGCUGGCUGGCUCCCUAUUCACGAAGCUGCCUUCCACAACCAUGCUGAUGUGGCUUUAUAUCUCCUUGAUAAAGGUGCACUUCUUGAUGAUCCUGGGUUCCCAGCUGACAAUUCCACUCCUCUUUUUGAGGCGGUUGUAAAUGGCUCCCUGGAUACAGCCUUGUUGUUGAUUGAACGAGGGGCUGAUAUUUGGCAUAGGUAG